GCUCUGUCUCUCUCUGUCCCCAAAAUAAAUAAAAAACGUUGAAAAAAAAAUUAAAAAAAAAAUUAAAAAAUUUAGAAGACGAUAGUAUGGCUUUGGUUUCACCGUAUUUCAUUUGUUAUAUUUUCUCUAUGGCAAAGUGAUAUUCCAUGUAUAGCGUUGUUCCUCAGUUUCCUUUUAAAAUAAUGUGUUGGAGUUUUGUUUUGUUUUUUUAAGGAAUUGGUUUAAAGCCGAGGUUUCAGAAAUAACGGCACAUGUCGUGUCCGGACAGAGCGAAACCAUGAAGAAGAUACUAAAUGAAUGGUUUGGGGAGCACUCGGAGUUUGCCGGGGGCACGGCGGGAGUCAGACAGGCCUCCUAGCAGGGGAGGGGUGGAGGCUGGACCCGGGAGGAUGGGGGCCACAAGGGACGUGGGAGGACAGCAAAGAAAGGCUCCCUGGCGGGCCUGGUCCAAGGCCAAUGGGUGGUCUCGAUGCCGGCCGAAGGUCACUGGGUUCUAGAUUCAGGGUCCACCUCUCCAGUCCCGUGAAUCCCGUGUGGUCCUGGCGACAUCCCACCCGCCCCCGGCCCUCAGCCAUCCCACCUGUAACAUGCAGACACCGGGCUGGACUUCAAUGCCGCGAACAGGGUUGCACAGAAGCCGGAGCCAAGAUGUAUUUGCCUUUGCAGUGUCUUCUAACAAGUUGACCUCACCAGUGAGAAGGGGAAUUCCUUAUGAAACCAGCAUCCUUGAACAACUUGACGUUGUGGCAACAGCGGGUCCACGUUUCGGGGGCCAGCAACUGGCCAGGGCCGAUAUGCCCUGCAGGAUGCCACGGUCCCCACCACACCCCACUGGCUCCCCACGGCCGGAGGCGGGUGUUAGUGACCCCCCACCAUCGCCUUGCCACUCCUGGAUGAAAGUUACCUAUUUCCAUGCCCGUGUCUCUAACCAAAGUGAAAAGCAAAAGAAAGCCAGGGCAAGGGGCCAGCCGAUUUUCCCUGCACGCGGCCCUCUCAGACUUCUGUCAUCGGCUGACCCCCCCGAGAGGCAUCUGAGUUUGAGACCCCUGACUUCUAUGAUUUAUCAGGUCCCACCCGGGUUGGAGAGCCUGAAUGGGGUGAUGAGUUUGUGCGCGGGACCCCCAGACAAAACGAGGACCAAAAGUCCAGAGCGGAUUAUCAAUGUCAGGCCACGGGCAAAGCCCGGGAUCUGGAUUCACUGCCGGCUGUGUGGCCCUGAACAAGUCACUUCUCCUCUCUGUGCCUCAGUUUCCUCAUGGGCACCAGGAAGUGCCUCAUACAGCCCAACUGCUAGUUCUCAAGAGAGAUCCUUCGAACGCAAGACACAGGGGAGGCCUUCAGCCCAGGAAAGUGGCCCCUGCGCUCCUUAUCCCGCCCCUGCCCCCACCAGCCCUGUAUGCAGACGCCCCCAGCGGCCACCCAGGCCUCUCUCUGUCUCUUCCAUCGGAGAGCGGCUGGGAGGACGCGCCAAUAAGGAGCUAGUUAACUAAAUAAAUGAACGAGGCAGGUCUAUGCCGAUAUAAAUCUCUGGAAGAGAACAUUUAGACACUCCAUAUUCGAGCUGGAUAUCAUUUAAAUUACCAGACUGCCUCCUCGGCCCGUAUCCCCUUAUUACCAUGUUUUUAAAGCUCAGAGCUUAAUUGCACACCGCCACAGCCUUUACCCACGGCACUUGUGGAAAUUACAGGCGCCUGCCUGCCCACUCAUUUGCAGCCCGUCACCCCCCGGCCGGCGGGCGGCCUGGGGUUUGGGCACUGGAGGGACGCGUGUGUGGGAAGCAGGGGUCCGGCGGGAUGGGGUGGGGUGUAGGCCAAGAAGCGGGCGCAUCAGUCGCCUCCCUGACUCCGCCCCCGAUGGACCAUCCUCCAUACAGCGGCCAGAGUGAUCUUCCAGUCAAAAUCAGAUGAUGCCGUCCACCCCAGCUUUGACUCCCGGCUGCCAGUUCACCCAGGUUAAAAGCCAAACUCCUCAUACGGGUCCUCAGUGCUCGGUGGGAUUUAAACCCCCAUGACCUCUCCGAUUUCUGCUCCUAUCGCCUCCCACCCCUCCUUGCCCACUUGUCCUAGCUAUCUGGCCUCCUUGCUCUACCUUGAACAAGUCACUGUGCCUCAGGACCUUUGCACCUGCCGUCGUUGCCGCCCCGCUCGCUCUUCCCCAAUGUUUGCAUGGUGAGCUCUUCCACCCGCUUCGAGUCUCUGCUCCUGAGGCCUUAACUAAAAUGUGUUCUCUCUCCCACACUGCACAUUCUUCUUUAUUUUCCUUCAUAAAAAUGCAUCACUGCGUUUGUAUUAUUUUGCAAAUACGUGUGUAUUUGUUUCUUUAACACUCGCCUCCAUUAGGAUGUCACUCGAUGAGGACAAAGGCUUUGGAGAAAGAGCAGGGAGCAAAACAGGGUCUUCGUGGUGCCGCGAGGGAAGGAACACGACCAGCAGCCAUUGAAAGCAUCCGCGUACCGUGAUUAUUGGGUGACAUUCCCAGGUCGCCUUUCCCACUUUGAACCUCUAAGUUCUGCAGAAGUAAUGCAAGGGAGCAGGUAGGUGGCUUUGGACCAUUUGACAGGUGGGGAAAUUGAGGCUCAGGGAUGCGACGUGACUUUCCGGACGUCACACAGUAAACUGAAGGGCACGGGUCCCCUUCACUCUCCGACAAAGACGUACCAGGCUCCUGCCUCCGGCCCUUUGCACGGGCUGUUCCUCCCGCCUGGGAUGUCCUUUCCCCCACCCCCUGCAAAGCCCUACCUUUCCUCCGGAUUUCGAUUCAACAUCUCCAUAGGGGAACCACCCCCACCCCAAGACCAGGCAGAUCUACUUUCUAGAAGUCCUGCACACCCCUGUAUUUCUUCACCGUGCUGAUCAGAGUCGUGAAUGUAAAAAUGUGAGAAGAUAUUUUUUUGCUAACAGGUGAACUCAGGAGCAUCAGUGGAUUGCAGAGGUCGGCUGCCUGCCCAGGCCGGGUCGCCCGCAGAGCAGACCCUGUGACAAGAACGGGAGUUUCUGUGGGAGGUGGUCCCAAGAGGCAUAUGGGAGGGAGGGAGACGGCCAGGCAGGGAGGAGGAAGAAGAGUACAGCGCGGGGUGCAGCAGUGAGCAGGGGACCACUGUGGGCGACGGGGCGACGGGGGGCAACGGGGGGGCUCAGGCCCCCAGGGGACGCCCGGAAGGCCGUGCAGAACGUGCCUCUGAGCGGCCAGGAAGCAGGGACAUUUGUCCACUCACUCCCAUCACUCACUGAUGGAGGAUUGCUCCUGGGGUCACCACCUUCCUGGCACUCCUGACCCACCCUGUGUGGGGACUGAGUUCACCCCCGCGGCCACCGGAAGGGCUCAGGCAAGGAAAGGAAAGAUCCCAACGUCACAUCCGAGAGCCAUCCCCCGAACCGUCUAGAGGAGACCACGCGACUUGCGUGCCACUGACGGCCUCCGCCACGGUUUCUGGCGGUAAUUACUAUUGGCAUAUUUACAAGUCAUUCGACAAACACUCUAUUCACUCACCCUGAUCAUGAGGCCAGCCCUGAGCCCCGAGGGAGGCAGAGAAGCCCAAGGCCUCGGCCCUGCUCUCCUGGAACAGAAAGCCCAGCUGAGGAGCUCACACUCGAACACCCCGAGCAGCCCAGUGGGGCAGGUACGUUUCACAGAUGAGGUGCAGAGGCACAGAGAGGUGAAGCGAUGUCCCCAAGGUCACACAGCUUAGUAAGUGGCGGGGCUGGGACUUGAACCCCGGGGCCGCUCCCUUAACGCUCAUCUACAGAUUCCUGGCCUGUGCACCCUGAGUGGCAGCUGUCUGUGUUAUGCCUGCCAGUGGCCGUCCCAUCACACAGUCUCUACAUCUACCCUAACCAUCCCAUUUUACAGGUGAGGAGAUUGAGGCCCGGCGGGUGCAUGAUCACAGGGCCCAGGAUUCGAAUCCAGAAUCUAACCCACCUUCGUGCCCCAGGUGUCAAGGACUCCUGUUUGAGGAAUUGGUCGGAGAAACUGAGGCACCAGGGGACAAAUUUAGGGGUAGCGGCUGUGUUCAAACCCCACCUGUCCAACUCCAGGCUCUGAGAUAGGAGUGGCUGGCUGGGGGGGGGGGUGGUCCUGGGUGGUUCAGUCAG